CAGACAGGCGUUGGGCAACAACAAAAACCUCCCACUUCUCUGUACGGAGAGUCACGAGAGUUUGAAGUUUUUUUGGCUGAGGCGGGAGGGAAGCGCCACGGGACCGGGGGGAGCGCGGUAUGGUCGAAGUAACAUUAAUUGAAUUCACACCUCAAAGUCGACCGCCAGCUAUAGGCUGAGUAACGUCUCCGUGAUACGAGGCGUCCCUCCCGAGAGGAGGACGGAGGAGCGAGGCGGCUUAGCGCGCUUGCUAGCUGGCUAACUGUGAAAGGGGAAGUCGCGGGGGAGGUGUUUUCUUCUUUCAGCCUCGCCUCGGCGCUCACUGAGAGUUUGGUGGCUUACAGUUCAGGCUUAAGCCUAACUAACACACCCACUUCUCCAAGCUCCACUGUUCGCUUCGGCGAGAAAUACAGAAACGAGUCCAGCGGUUUUCGGCUGUGUUUCCGUUAGUGAAGCAGCAGCAGGGCUCGCGCUGUUAGCCAGGUUAGCUAGCCGAACAGUCUACUACACUCAUACCUCAGUUUCGUUAGCGGCUAGCAUUACUAGCUAAGCGUACAGUCGGAACUAUCAGCAGUAGCGUAAACGACAUUAGUUCAUAAGUGCCGUAACUGGUCACUCGGUUGGGUCAGAAAAGUAGCUAGAAGCUCAGAGGUUUGGCUGGAACUGGUGCAGCGAGGAAAUCUGAGGGAUCGCAAUGGUACUGAAGUGACCGCUGGAUCUCUCAGCCGAGCCGAGCAUGCGGGGCGAGAGGGCGGAGAUGAGCAGCUAGAACUUUUUCCAGUCGUGUUUUGAGAUUUGAACUCUUCUGUACUUUUGGGAAGGCAGAAACAUAGAAGUUAGGAUGAAGAAGUUUUCGCGCAUGCCGAAGUCGGAAAGCGGCGGACUCGGAGGUUCCUCUGGGUCGGGGUCUGGAGCCGGAGGCAGCAACUUCAUUGGGAAGAUGUUUGCUAUCGGAAGAUACCAAGUCACAGUGGAUGAGCUCAUUGCUGAAGGGGGGUUCUCAAUGGUGUUCCUGGCCCGCACCCACAGUGGAGUUCGAUGUGCUCUGAAGAGAAUGUAUGUGAACAACGUCCCCGACCUAAACAUCUUCAAGCGGGAGAUUAUGAUUAUGAAAGAGCUGUCAGGCCAUAAGAACAUAGUGAGCUACCUGGACUCCACCAUCAAUGCAGUAGGAGACAGUGUGUGGGAGGUUCUCAUCCUAAUGGAGUACUGUAAAGCGGGCCAGGUAGUGAAGCAGAUGAACCAGCGCCUGCAUGUCGGUUUCAGUGAGGCUGAGGUCCUUACUAUUUUCUGUGACACCUGUGAAGCUGUGGCCAGACUGCACCAGUGUAAAACCCCAGUCAUCCACAGAGACCUGAAGGUGGAAAACAUCCUCUUGAAUGAUCAAGGGAACUAUGUCCUCUGUGACUUUGGAAGUGCCACUCACAAAAUGUUGCACCCUCUUAAAGAUGGUGUGACUGCUGUGGAGGAUGAGAUUAAGAAGUACACAACUCUGUCAUAUCGAGCCCCAGAGAUGAUUAACUUGUACCAAGGGAAAGCCAUCACUACCAAGGCUGAUAUCUGGGCACUUGGAUGCUUGUUGUACAAGCUGUGUUUCUUCACGCUCCCAUUUGGGGAGAGUCAAGUUGCCAUAUGUGAUGGAAUCUUCAGCGUUCCAGACAGUUCAAAGUUUUCCUCCAAAAUGCACUGCUUAAUCAGAUACAUGUUGGAGCCGGAUCAAGAGAAAAGACCAGACAUCUAUCAAGUCUCUUACUUUGCCUUCAGAUUAGCUGGAAAGGAAUGUCCAGUGCCAAAUCUAUUUAACUCUCCCAUCCCCACCUCGCUGCCAGAGCCACUAACAGCCAGUGACAUCGCUGCUAAAAAGAGCCUGACAAAAGCCAGAAUAACGGAGUCUGUGGGCCCUACGGAAACAUCCAUUGCUCCGAGACAAAGGCCAAAAGCUGCCAACAGCAACGUCCUUCCACUGCCUAACUCAGUAACUCCUGUGAAAAUGACUGUCCCCUCUGGAACAGUCAGCAAUGGUCAGAAAUCCCAAGGGAACGGACAGCAGGCAACUGUGCAGAUGCAGAGCAGCAAUCAGCAGAACAGAGUUUUACAGCAGCUGCAGCCUGGAGACCUAAGACUGCAGCAACUCCAUCAACAACAGCAGCCACAUCAACAACAUAACAUGCAACACCAGCAACAAGUCAAUGCACAACAGCUACAGUACAUGCAGUAUCAGGCCAUGCAGCAGAGCCUCCAGAUGCAGCAGCAGCAGCAGCAUAUGCUCCACCAACAGAUGCUGAUGCAGCAGUCCAUGUAUCACCCACACCAGCAGCAGCAGCACUACGCAGCCCUGAUGCACCAGUACCAGCAAGCCUUUGCUGCCCAACAGCAGCAGUGUGCUCCCUACAUUGCUCCACUGGAGUUCCAGGGCUCUCUAGGCUCAUAUAAUUCUGCUGGAGCCUCCCCUGUGGAUCCUCCAUUCACCAACACCAGAUCAGCCGUGCCUAGUUCAGAGGUGAUUAGCCCCACUCUUCAGCCUGUCAGUAACCCUCCUGACAUGUCUCGCUGGAAUCCUUUUGGAGAGGACAACUUCUCCAAACUCACAGAAGAGGAGUUACUGGACAGAGAGUUUGACCUCUUACGAGCAAAGCAACCAGUGGAGAGAGCGGUCAGCAUGGAGGCCAGUGGUGUGGAGCGGCAGCAGCCUCUGGUCCCCGAGGAUCCCUUCGGCUCUGUGCCCUUUGUGGCCAGUGCAGGAUCUGCUGUGCACACAACAGAGCAACCAAAUAUAGAGUCGGUUGUUGUUGCUGCUGGACAAGGUGCUUUGGAGGAGUCUGUCCAACUAUCUGCCAAGGAACAGAAGCCUACAAAAAAGAGCAGCUCCUCUGGCCUACUGCCUCAUAAAGCAGGGGAGGAAUCGGACAGUGACUUUGAGUCUGACCCUCCCUCGCCCAAAAGCAGUGAAGAUGAUGAGGUAGAGGAGGAUGAAGGCCUCAAUAGUGAGCAUGAAGACACUGAGCCAGAGAACCUGGGCCAGAGGCCUCUGCUCAUGGACUCUGAGGAAGAGGUUGAGGAAGAGGAGGACAAACAUAGCUCGGACUCAGACUGUGACCAGAGAAAAGUAAAAGCCUGCGCAGGGAGACCGCUAGAUGAAAAAAAUUCAGCAUUUGCAAAGGGAAGUGCUAGAGGUGAAUCUGGAACCAGUUUGAUCACCCCUCCUGAUUCACCCAGCACUGCCAUGCCUAGCGCAAGCAAAGUGGACGUAUUUGGCGCUGUGCCAUUCAUUGGCAGUGGUCAGCCUGGAGAGUCACCACCAGAAUGUGUAGAUGUUUUUGCCAAAGCCCCUUUUAGGCAGGCGAGCCAGGAAAACACCAUGGAGGAGUUUGAUGUUUUCACCAAAGCUCCCUUCAACAGGAACCUCUCCAAGUCCAGCAGGAGUGGUGACGCUACCAGCGGCCAGACACCACCCGUCUCCCCGGCCAGUGUAGAUGUGUUUGGCUUCUCGCCCUUCCAGCCCAGCCACGUGGAACCGACCUCCAGAAGCCAGGAAGACAUCUUUGGCCAUGUGCCUUUUGAAGAGGCACAAAGCCCCCAGCAGCAGAAGCUGAAGCAGCGCAGCCUCCAGAAGCUUUCCUCACGGCAAAGACGCACAAAGCAGGAGGCCAGUGGUGGUAAUGGAAAGCGGCACCAUGGCACCCCAACUAGUGGUAGGAAGAGCAACAAGCCCAGCUUCCGUACCCCUGAGCGGGUACGACGGCACAAGAAGGUGGGUAGAAGAGAUUCGCAGAGUAGCAAUGAGUUUCUCAGUGCCUCUAAAGAGAACAUCAGCAUCUCAAUGGGAGAAGUUAAAGAGAAGGGAACGGCUUUACCUUCUGAAGAGGCCUUGCUGGACCCCUUUGGCGCCAAGCCUUUCCAUCCGCAAGACGGCAUUCGGCAUGGUCAGCACCCGGGCUUGGGAGACAACAAAAGUGACAACACGGCCAAUGGCAGAUCCCGGACUGGCUCCCUACAUGCCACGUUUGAUGGGAACAAAAUGGAUGACUUUGGGGCUGUGCCCUUCACUGAACUGGUGGUCCAUGGCGGGUCUCAGCAGACCCCUCAAAUGGAUCUUGACCCCUUUGGAGCUGCACCUUUCCCCUCAAAGCAGUGAAUGUCUCGUCUUCCGGCACACACAGAGUGCACUUGCACAAAUGUUGCUGCUUUAUGCAAAGUCAAAGCGACCUUUUGAAAUUUACCAGAUGGCAGCUUUGUGGUGUGGUCUCAGUGUGUGUCCAAACAGAUCAUGGGCCUUUGAGUUAGUUGAAAAACAACUUUUACAGCUUUUAAACUAUUUUAAUACCUAACUUGACUUCAGAGUAACUUGUUUUUUCCUGAACUUGACUUGAACCUGUGUAUGGAUGUUUUUUAAGACUUUUUAUGCAUUACCUUUAGUCUGUACCAGAUCGCUGAGAAGCCUUUUAUGCUGCAUCACAGUGUGCUCUGAGAAAACAUUAGCGAAAAGCUGACAAUAUGCUAUCCUUUGUUUUUAUUAGAUUUAGUACAUUGCUAAAUCUGGGAUCUAAGUGCGUGCUCAAUCAUGGACUGCCAGGUUGUAAGUGGUCCUCGUGUAGGUUAUUGCUUCCUGCAUGAUCUACAAGAUAGGUCAAUUUCACACCAUAUUGCCUUAUAUGGGUAUGCUCCACCCUGCUUUUACUGUACCUCAAAUACACAAAUGGCUGUUGUGGUGCAUUUGUGUCAACAGAAUCAUUUCAGCAUAGGCCUUCUCCAUUCUUAUUUUGUGUACCAUUUUCUAUGCAUAAUUCAACAUUAAGUGCAUUCAGUUCAUAGAGAUUUUAUUCCUGUGGCUGUUUUUUCCCCCCAAAAUACUAACUUGAAAAGGGAGUCACUUAAGAUCAUGUUUGAGUUGGUAUGACCCUUGGAACGUCAAAAACUUUUUGUAAGACUUUUGGUGCUGCAAGACAUUUCUCCCAAGCUGGCAUAAAACUCAUACUAAGCCCUGUAACCAAAACAUACAUGCAGAUGGUGUGUAUAUAAACUCUUGAUAAACCUACAAUCAUUAACAGCUAGCCCUCAUCAAAAAGGGAAAGGACUUAACGAAUGUACCACGUUCAGUUUUCAAAUGUACAAAAUAAGGCAUCAUAAGGGGAGACUAACAACUGGAAAGCAUGAGAAAAGGGUGAUUUACACUAUAUAUAAUGUUGAGUCUUACAGCACUUGGCACACCAUCUUUUGACUAAAGCAACUUUUUUUGAAGCUUCUUUUACCAGCUGAACUUUUAACAUUGCAAUACUGUCUUUAUUCUUUUAUUCGUUUGAUUUGUUGUGCUUCACUGCUCUCUAACAAUGCAAUAAACUAUUGAAUUUCUUUUUUGAA